GUUGGACCAGGCAGGACUGAGACUGCAUUACCCCCACACCGUACCCGUGCACCCAUUGCACGUACCCAGAAGUCAUCGGUCUUCAAGCGUAUUUCGCGGCAGGAGACCGCUGUACCUGUAGUCAUCCCCACUGAAGUAGAAGAAGUGGCGGAAAGUGAAAUGGAAAUUGAAACCCAACCUCAAGAUGAAGAACUUGAAGAAGAAACCAGCAUCAUCCAUGACAGAGACGAUAUGGACGAUGUGCGGGAAUCUGAUAGCGACGAGCAAGAAGUGGAGAAGGCCGCGAGUAUCCAUUCUCCUCGCAUGUGGCCGGACGUCGAUACCGAGCGAGCAGUGAAGUAUUAUCAAGAAAUAGAAGCGGUCAAAAAGACGUUCGAAGAUGAAGUAGACUUUUUUGACACCACGAUGGUCACAGAAUAUGCAGAGGAUAUCUUCAAGUACAUGUCCGAUCUAGAGGAGGACGUCAUGCCGAACCCAGAUUAUAUGUCUGGUCAAAACGAAAUUUCCUGGUCUAUGCGGCAAACACUUGUCGACUGGCUGCUCCAAGUCCACCUGCGAUACCACAUGCUACCCGAAACGCUAUGGAUAGCUGUCAACAUUGUUGACCGUUUCCUUACUAGGCGUGUUGUGUCCCUCGUCAAGCUCCAACUUGUCGGCGUUACAGCGAUGUUCAUCGCUGCGAAGUAUGAAGAAAUCCUAGCUCCUUCCGUAGACGAGUUUGUUUUCAUGACUGAAAACGGCUACUCAAAAGAGGAGAUUCUCAAAGGGGAGCGUAUCGUAUUGCAAACGCUCGACUUCAAAGUGUCGCAAUAUUGCUCACCAUACAGCUGGAUGCGACGGAUCAGCAAAGCAGACGACUACGACAUUCAAACCAGAACGUUAGGGAAGUUCUUGACAGAAGUGACGUUGUUGGAUUAUCGAUUCCUGAGAUGCAAACCCAGUCUUAUCGCUGCGGUUGGAAUGUAUAGUGCAAGGAAGAUGUUGGGCGGAGACUGGAACGAGGCAUUCGUGUAUCAUUCAGGUUUUGUCGAGGAACAAUUGGAGCCUGGACACCAGUGGAUAGCCGAUAAAUUGCUAGAAGAAAACUUCCACCAGCAAUAUGUUUGCCAGAAAUACGGGCACAAGAAGUUCCUCAAAGCAUCUGUUUUUGCCAUCGAGUGGGCCAAGGCUAAUGCCGCUAGUGGGGGUUCUGACGAGCAAGUGAUGCUCAAGAAGUGAACUCUUCCUUUGCCCUUCCUGGCGUUGUUCGACAUUUACCUCAUAUCAUCGUCCCUUUGUCUUUGUGCUUGACCUACUGUUUCUCAUAUUCUCCAUCAUCCUUGCAAUCUCAUUUUGUUUGAUUAUCCACAUCAACUAUGUCUCCAUCCGUCUAUGUCUGUUUUGCUCUUAAACUGCUAUCGGCCUGUGAUUCAUGCAUUUCAUCCCCAAAACAUUUUCUACUUCCCCUCUUUUCCCUGCCCCCUAUUCGUUCGUAACACCGCGUUCACGAUCACUUAAUCAUUUGACGAGACACAUCUUACAUUGCGGACCUGUUUGCUAUGUCUCUAUGAUUGUGUCACCUAUGCCUCUCCUUUUCAUAUCUCUACCCUUGAUCCAGACCCCCACCUUCUAUCCCGCAGCAUCAUCAUUCGUACAUACGUAUGUCAUGCAUCCUACUCCACCCCAGUCUUUCCUCUAUCUUUUGCUUUGUUUAACCUUAACUCGACUUCAUCUCGACUUGUUUUAUCAUCACCAUCUAUUCUUUUACACCUUAUUCUCCAUCGUUACCUGCAGGUGACGUUCUAUUUCUGGGUUUACAUAUUUUUCAGCUAUUUUCUCCCAUUACUUCAUAUUUCGUUCACCGGUUUUUGGUCGAAUAGUGCGGUCGCAAGGCAUUAGUUCUGCGAUCCUGAAGCGUAGAUACUGUAUGGUAUAGCUGCGCAGGACGCGUUGUCGUCGUCUCUUUUUCCC